ACUUUCUCAAAAGUUUUUUCCACUAUGGAACUUUAGGAAACUAUCAUUUUCCUCUCUAUAACUCGUCCCUGCACGUUCUUUCAUUUUAUUUGAUGACAUCAGGAAGAAAGGCUCCAUUAAGUACUAAUUAGCUUUUUUUUUUUAAACACCUGCUACUCACCUGAGCAGAGUGACAUCUAGUGAAAGCAGGGUGGUUGGUGGAGGGAGUUAAGAGGCACCAGGGAGUGGAAGACUGGUGAUCAGUCCAAACUUCUGACUUAGAAUCACUGUAUACAUUUGGAACUCUUCAGCUGACAAGUCCAAGUUCUGAGAUACCCCUUACAGCAGAAACAUGCCUCUGUUUUGGGUUCUAGUUUUGCUUUCUUCUCAUGUAUCUAAGUUUAUUGAGGAUCUGUCGUGUGCUAGACCGUUUCCUAGCACAUGGGAAACUGAUGAAUAUGGCCUAGUCACUGCUCUCAAGGAGCUUAUAUUCAGAUAAUGAAUUUGAAGCACACUCUAGAUAAGCACUGUAAUGAUGGUAGAAAAGAAAGUGCUUUUGGAGCACUAGAAAGUUAUGACAUUCUGCCUGGAAAGGAGAUCGAAGGCUUCAUGUAUCUUGGAUGUGAUAUUAUCAGGCAGAAAGGCAGGUGGAAAGGAUGUUUUAGCCUGAGGGGGACAAUCUAACGGCAUGGGAAGUAGUAGAAGGUCACUCUUGAAAUAGUAGUUUCAGGCCACAUUGUGGAGGAUUUGACUGCCUAAGGAUUUGGGUGUUAUCCUGUAUGCAGGGGACCAUUAGAAGGUUGUAAGCAGGGGAAUGACAUGUUCAAGACUGUAUGUUAGAGAUACCAUUCCAGUGCUCCUGGGAAGGAUAGAUUGGAGAGGGGAUUGCUGAAUGCAGGGAGAUUUAACAAAGAGGUCAUUGUAGUGAGCCAGGCAAGGGAUAGCCAGGGCUCACAUGGAAAGGAAAGAAUGUAUGCAACAGGUAGGUGAGGAAUGAAAGAGAGAUGUCAGGCAUGGUCCUAAGUUUCUAAGUUAGACCGCUAGGAGGUGCCUCUAUCCAACAUUGGAAAUAUAGGAGAAGAUCAGGCUAAAAUGGAACACACAACAUACACUCUGGACUUGCAGAUAGAGCACAGAGGGAGCUGGCUAGAGCUGAAGUGCUUGUGUUUGUGUUUCAGAUGGUGACCCUCUUUCAGAUGUGGGUUGUUCCCCUCUAUUUCACAGUGAAGCUGCAUUGGUGGAGGUUCCUAGUGAUCUGGAUCUUGUUCUCUGCUGUCACAGCUUUUGUCACCUUCCGAGCCACCCGAAAACCACUAGUACAGACAACCCCAAGGUUGGUUUAUAAGUGGUUCCUGUUGAUCUAUAAAAUCAGCUAUGCCACUGGCAUUGUUGGCUACAUGGCUGUCAUGUUUACCCUCUUUGGUCUCAAUUUAUUAUUCAAGAUCAAACCAGAAGACGCCAUGGACUUUGGCAUUUCUCUCCUCUUUUAUGGCCUCUAUUAUGGAGUUCUUGAGCGAGACUUUGCAGAAAUGUGUGCAGACUACAUGGCAUCUACCAUAGGGUUCUACAGCGAGUCGGGCAUGCCUACCAAACACCUCUCGGACAGUGUGUGUGCCGUGUGUGGGCAGCAGAUCUUUGUGGAUGUCAGUGAAGAGGGCAUCAUCGAGAACACAUAUAGGCUGUCUUGCAAUCACGUAUUCCACGAGUUCUGCAUCCGUGGCUGGUGCAUCGUGGGAAAGAAGCAGACUUGUCCCUACUGCAAAGAGAAGGUAGACCUCAAGAGGAUGUUCAGCAACCCCUGGGAGAGGCCUCACGUCAUGUAUGGGCAACUGCUGGAUUGGCUUCGGUACUUGGUAGCCUGGCAGCCUGUCAUCAUUGGCCUGGUGCAAGGCAUCAACUACAUCCUGGGCCUGGAAUAGCCAGGAAGAAGAGCAUCCGCCCGCUACGGACCUCAGGGCACUCUCCUCCCUGCCCUCCAAGACUUCCUGGGUGGGAAGGACUCAAAAGGGACCCUUGGGCCACUCAGGACCCCUCCAACUGUGCCCGGGCUGGGGAGGGAGAUGAUGGAGAGCCAGCCAGUGGGGCUGUCAGCAGUGGGGGCUUUUUAAAAGAAAACUAUUUUGAUGAAUAUAUUUAAAAACCUUUUUUAUUGUGAAGCAUAGGAAUUGCCCCAACUCCUCCAGGCCUCGCCCUCCUUGCUUGAGCAUGGCAGGAGCAGAGCCACAUUUUUGGUUUAAAGGAGCCUUCUCAUCUCUGGCUGAGAGCCUCAGCCUCCCUGCCCGCCCCCCCGCCCCAGCCCUUCCUUCCCUCUGUGGGGCUCCAGCCUGCUUCACUCCGUGUGGGAGAGCUCAUGGGCUCUGCCUCGUACCACAGAUGCACGCUGAGGGAUGGGGAGGUGUCUUCCUUCCUCCCUGUCUGGGCCCCGCAGUCGAUGUUGUGUCCGAUUCUGUCUUCCCUUGUCCAGGACCCGUAGACUGGUUUAGGCAAGUGGAACCUUGUCCUGACUUUUCCAGGGAGGGAAGCUCUGGGAUCUCACAGUUCACUGAGGAUUUGUUUGGGGGCAGCAGCUUGGGUAACCUGCCCCCAGCCAAGAACAGAGUCUGUCUGUGUGUAGUUGGGCCAUGGGGACUAUUAUUGGCAGCCAGUGAUUGAAGGCGUCUUGUGCAAUCUGACCCUUUAGCCCGGAAGUGGUGACACGCGCCAAAAGCCACUCUGCCACAUCACUUCCUUCCUGGAAAGCGUGCGUGAGAGUGUGUGUGUGUGUGUCUGUUCGUGUGCCGCAGUAGAGCUAUGACAGAUAGGACUUCUCCCUGUCAUCAGUGUUCCCUUGAAGCUGCCAGGGGAUUCCCAGCCCAGGGAAUAUCCCUCUGUCAACUUCCACAUUUGUGGGUCCUGCCUGGGCCUGGCAGCAGGGGUGGUGGUGGGUGGGAAGAGAAAAGGGCAAGGCCCAGGCAAGUGUGGGUUCUAAAAAGAGGUUCCAGGUAGGCCCCAGCCCUGGCCCUAGGAGUUUUGAAGGAAGUGGGAAGGCAAACAUGGGCCUCCAGCACUGGGUUCCUAGGGAAUGUGGCCCAGCUGGGCCUGCCCUUCAAGCACAGCAAGAGCCAAGCAGGAUCUUGUCACUCCAUUCUGAAUAAAGCUCCAUGAGCUGGGUUGGAAAGCUGAA